UUUGGAUGUAACAUUAUUCAAUUUGAAAAUAUAGCUUUGACUCAACAUUUCUGUUUUUAAAACUAAACAUAAAUUUACACAAUUUUGCUCAUUUUUUUUCAUUCAUUUCUUAACCUUAACUCACCAGGAAAAAAACACAAUACAGGCAAAGAAUGUGGUAAAACCUUUCCUUGGAACUCACAACCUAUUAGCCACCAGAAAAUUAAUUUAAGAAUGAAGCCGUAUACUAAGUGUGAAGAAUGUGGUAAGGCCUUCCAUAUUCCAUCCUUACUUUGUAUACACAAGAGAAUUCAUACAGGAGAGAAACCCUUCAAAUGUAGUGUAUGUGGCAAAGCAUUCAGAAGUCCAUCAGUAUUUUCUGGACACAAGAAGAUUCAUAUAGGAGAGAAACAAAACAAGUGUGAAGUCUGUGACAAGGCCUUCCUCAAUCCAUCACAAUUUUCUGAAUACAAGCAAAUUCAUACAGGAGUGAAAUUCUACAAUUGCGAAGUUUGUGGAAAGGUCUUUAAUCGUCCAUCACGACUUUCUUUACACAUGAGGAUUCACACAGGAGAGAAACCCUACGUGUGUGAAGUGUGCGGGAAGGCCUUCUAUGUUCCAUCACGACUUUCUAAACACAUGAGGAUUCAUACAGGAGAGAAACCCUAUGAGUGUGAAGUGUGUGGCAAGGCCUUCAUUUGUUCAUCAGUACUGUCUGUACAUAAGAGGGUUCACACAGGAGAGAAGCUGUACCAGUGUGAAGUGUGUGGCAAGGCCUUUCAUGCUUCAUCAUUGCUUUCUAAACACAGAUUGAUUCAUACAGGAGAGAAGCCCUACCAGUGUGAAGUGUGUGGCAAAGCCUUCACGUAUCCAUCAUUACUAUCUCUACACAAGAGCUGUCAUACAGAAGAGAAACCCUACAAGUGUGAAGUGUGUGGCAAAGCCUACAAUAGACCUUCAACACUUUCUGUACACAAGAGGGUUCACACUGGACAGAAACUCUACCUGUGUGAAGUGUGUGGCAAGGCCUUUCAUGUUCCAUCACAAGUGUCUGUACACAAGAGGAUUCAUUCAGGGGAGAAGCACUACAAGUGUGAAGUGUGUGGCAAAUCCUACAAUAGUCCAUCAGGACUUUAUAUACACAAGAGGAGCCAUACAGGAGAGAAACCCUACAAAUGUGAAAUAUGUGGCAAAGGCUACAAUAGUCCAUCAGGACUUUCUGUGCACAAGAAGAUUCAUACUGGACAGAAACCCUGCAAAUGUGAAGUAUGUAACAAGGCCUUCUAUGUACCAUCACAACUUUCUGAACACAGGAGAAUUCAUACAGGUGAGAAUCCCUACAAGUGUGAAGUGUGUGGCAAGGCCUUCAAUCGCCCAUCACGACUCUCUCUACACAAGAGGAUUCAUUCAGGAGAGAAACCCUUCAAGUGUAAAGUAUGUGGCAAAGCCUACAGUAGUCCCUCGGGACUUUAUUCACACAAGAAGAUUCAUACAGGAGAGAAACCCUAGAAGUGGGACGCUUGUGUCAAGGUUCCAUGCUGGAUCAUUCCUUAAAGUACAUGAGAGAAUUUAUACAGGUGAGAAAUCAUACAUGUGUGUGGCAAGGACUUCUAUGUUCCAUUAUGACUUUCUGUACACAAGAGCAUUCAUACAGGAGAGAAACCCUACAAGUGUUAAAUAUAUGGCAAUGUCUUUAAAACUUCAUGGAUUCUUUUUCAUUUAAUAAUCCAUUCUGGAAAGAAACCCUACUCUGAAGAAUAUGAAAAAGCCCUGUGUAAAAAGUCACACCUAACUCUGCACAAAUUAUCUCACACUUGGGGGAAAACCACAAGUGCAGGGAAUGUGGAAAGACUUGAGAACUGAACCACACAUUCUUAACACCAGGCUUUCCGUAUUAGAGAGAGACAUCAGGAGUGUGGGGAAUGGCAAGGUCCUCCAUGAGCCUUCUGGUCUUAAACAACAUCACAGAAUUCCUUUGUGAGAGAAACCCUAUGGACAAUGUGCCAAGAUUUUUUUGUACUUACUAAGAAGUCUUGAAUCACCUGAUCACUCAUACUGGAGAGAAAUGUCAUUAGUGUCAUCAAUUUUGAAAACAUUACAUGAGCUUUCGAGUGCUUCUCAAGACAAAGUAUUUCAAACUUCAGUGAAAUAAUACAAAUGCCAAAAUGUUCAUAAAAUGUUUUCUAUUUCUUAAAACUCUAAAAGAUCAAAAUAUAUUCUAGAUAAAAACCCUUGAGUUAGGUCGGAUAUCCUAAUGUUAAGUGGAAAAUCCAGGAAACAGAGAUAGAAAAAGGAGUAGGUAGGGUCUAGGAGAAACUGUGUAAGUUCCAAAAGAGAAAGAAGCCAGAAUAUUGCCAUUAAGUCACAGCCUUGUGGUGAUACAUAGAUUAAUAGAAAUGGGCUAAUUUAAGAUGUAAGAGCUAGCUAGGAAUAUGAGCCAUUGGCCAAACAUGUUGUAAUUAGUAUAGUUUCUGUGUGAUUAUUCAUGUCUGGGUGUCCAGGAAAUGAAAGCACAGUCUCUGUUUACAUACCUAACUCAGGAUAAAAUAACUCACACUGGGCAAAAGCCUUACAAAUAUCUACAAUGGCAAACCUCCCAACUGUACCUAAAACCUUAAGGAACAUCAAAGAAUUCAUUCUGGAGAGAAACCCUACAAGUGUGAAGAAUGUGGCAAAGCCUUUAGCACUUACACAUGACAUUCUCAACAGCAGACUAUUCAUACUGGAGAGGACGAGUAUGCCUGGAGAACCGCAAGUUCAUUCACCAGUCUUCUGGAUCUAAACAACAUCUAACAGUUCUUGUCAGAGGAGCCCUGUGAACUGUGCGCCGAGGCAUUUUUAUACAAAGAAAUUCUGAAACAGCUGAUAAUUCAUACUAGAGAGAAAUUGCACUAGUGUCGUAAAUUUUAAAAAACUGUUUCAUAAGCUUUUUGUGUUCCUCAGGACAUGGUCGUUCACACCGCAGUGAAAUGAUGCAAAAUCUAAUAUAUUCAUAAAUUUAAUAUAUUCAUAAAUUGUUUAUGCUUCUUCAGACCCUAAAAGAUAUCAAAAAUAUUCUGAUCAAAACCAUACAAAUAGCGUGAAUGUGAUAAUGCCUUUGGAGUCAUCCAGACCUUACCCAAGAUGAAAGAAUCCAUAGUACAAGAAAGCCAUAUGCUUGUGAAAAAUACAGUGAUAUAUGUUACCAUCAACCAACAUGGCCUCCUUAGUAUCUAUCCCAGACGGACACAACACAGCAGUGAAUGGUGAACCAGUGCCUUUAAGGACUCCUCUUACCUUCAACCAGUGAUCUCAACCUUCCUAAUGCUGACAUCCUUUAAUACAGUUGUGGUAUCCCCAACCAUAAAAUUGUUUUCUUUUCUACUUCAUAACCUAACAGUUUGCUGUUGUUAUGAAUCAUGGUGUAAAUAUCUUUGAACAUGAUGAGAAGAUCUUUUGACCCACAAACGAAUCGUUACCCACAGGAUAAGAACUGCUGCCAUAAACAAAGAAAAGUGUUCAUGCUAAGUAACAACCCUAGAAGUUGAGGAAUACCGAGAAGACUUUUUUUUUUUUUUUAUCAUUCAGUCCUUGUUGAGCACUGAGGAAGCCACACAUGAGAGAGUGUCUGCACAUGCAGACUCUAUAGGGUCAGGCGUUUCGCUCUUCCCAUGCCUGUGUGUGCAGCAUCCUGGUAAAGACCACUACAAAUACUAAGAUAACGGCAAGGCUUUCACCUGACUUUUUUUUUUCAGAAGUAUCCUCUGAGACUUCAUACUAGCAAGAAAAACUGUAAGCACAAACAAUGCAGAAAAACGUUGAAUAAUACUUCUAUUCUUAAUCAGUACAAAAGCCUAAAAUCCAAAUAAUGAGAAAAUUCUUCAGUAAUAUUUUAAUCUUCACUAACACGAAAGAAUACUUAUUGAGAAGCAGUAAUGCAAAUGUUGAUGUAUUAUUUGCUUCUACUUUCAACUUCACACAGCCUUGCAAUAUGUGCUAAUAUCAGUUUUGUAGAUUACUUGAUCUGAUUGGCUCAGGGACAUAUCUAUGGGUCUUUUUAUUAGUGCUAAUUGAUGUAGGAUAAUCUAGGCCAAUGAAUGGUAGUGUACACCAUACGUGUGCCCCCUUGCCCAAGAUGUCCUGGGUUAUAAAAAUGUUGCCUGAGCUCAAGCCAAAUGAAGAAGACAAAAAGUAGCGAACCCCCAUGGUUUUUAUUUCACCUGAUGCCUCCAGAUUUCUGCUGUGUUUUCCUAUCCUGGCUUCCUUGGAUGAUGGUGUGCUGCCUGGCAACUGAAAUGGUCCUCUUUCUCCCCUAAUUAUUUUUUGGUCAUGGCAUUUAUCACAAUAGAGAUCAAACAGGAUAAAGAAUAUUGCAAGACUUAAGCUCGGCGGUGGUUGCAUACCAUCCUUGGGAGGCAGAGGCAGGCAGAUCUCUGUGAGAUCGAGGUCAGCCUGGUCUACAAGAGCUAGUUCCAGGACAGGCCCCAAAGCUGCAGAGAAACCCUGUCUUGAAAAGUAAAACAAACGAGCAAACAAACAAACAAAAGAAUAUUGCAAGACUUUACCAUUUCUUAUUACCUUAGUUAACAUAGAAGGCUCCAUACCACAAAUAAUGUCACAAGGUUUUGAAGUUUCUUCAACCAUAAGUCACACUCAAACUUCACUGAAAAUGAAACUGUUGCAAAGAAUAUUACAAAGACUUUAUUGCUUUCUAUCUGCAAUUUAACACCCCCAAAAAAUCAUAUCUUGGAAGUUAAGGCCUACCAGGCCAAAAGGAGCCAAGCUGGAGUCUGCCUGGUGUUGUCAGGUUCUGUCAAGAAGGAGCAACCAAGCAGUGUUUCCUUGGGACCUAGCAACAGGUGCUGUCCGAGGUCCUGACUGUGCCUAUCCAAUGAGAGAUGAGCAUGAAAUAUCAAGUGUCAGUAAAUCAGAAGGCCUGAUUGCUAGGAGGGCAUAUAAGUUGUCUUGUUAUUAAACCAAUGAGUCUGCUGUAAACCUCCCUGACUCCCAGCGUCUGUGGUCAUUGGUGUCACACCUUUUCACCCUCUCCACUAAGGAAAGCCUUAGGACCCAGGAGUAUCUGGCCCCUGGAACAGGGGCUUCUAACAGGUGUUGAGCUUACCUGCUCAGAGUCCUUUUUUUCAUUGCUGCUGUAAUUUUUGU